AUGACAGACAUUGGGGAAUUGAAUAGCUUCCUCGGGAUAAGGAUUAAGCAGACAUCGAGAGGUUUGUUCUUAAGCCAAAGGGCGUAUAGGGAACAGCUCUUAGCUCGUUUCCAGAUGAUGGACUGCAACUCCUCAAAAUCACCAACGGAAGUAAACCCUGCCAAACAUGAAGACGUUAAUGGAGAAACAAUAAUUAAGUUGAUACCCUACAGAGAACUUGUUGGGUGUCUCAUGUUUCUAAUGCUCAACACUCGUCCCGACAUAAGUGUUGCGGUGAAUUAUUAUAGUCGCUUUCAAAGCAAUGCUAAGAUGGCUCAUUGGAAGGGCCUUAAACGAAUCCUACGAUAUAUUAAGGGCACUCUUGACUACGGAUUGAUAUUUAGACGGGGUACGAAUCCAGGAAUUCCACUUCAGGUCUACGUGGAUGCAAACUGGGCAACGGACGAUGAUCGCAAGUCCACUACUGGUUUCCUGCUCCAAGUUUUUGGUUCUACGGUGUCAUGGUCAACGAGGAAACAAACUGGAAUCACACUUUCGUCUACUGAAGCUGAAUAUGUUGCCUUGGCAACAGCAUUGAUGGAUGCAAUUUGGUUAAAAGGAUUAUUAGAAGACUUUAACCCCUUGGCUACGGCAGGCUUUGAGACGUACCGGCCGUACCAUCCGGUAGGAAUUCAGUUACGACGUACGCCGAGAACCGCGAAAUUUUGA